GUACUCGUAUCUUAGUGAUUAUUAUCUGUCAUGAUCAGAUUUAUGUGAGAUAGGCCUUUUAUCUUCAUCUAUUUGUGUGUAAGUAUAAAAGAAAAAACACUCUUUCAUAAUAUCUCUCGUCUCAACAAUAAACCAUGACAUUCAGCUUAUCCUAUCGUGUAAUAGUCCUGGUUGCAUUGAUAAGUGCAGCGUCGGGAAAAACAAAAGAUGUGCACAGCAGAAAGUUUCCCGAUGACUUUUUGUUUGGGGCAGCCACGGCGUCUUACCAGAUAGAAGGCGCUUGGAAUGAGGAUGGUAAAGGAGAAAACAUUUGGGACCGUUUGACUCACAGAGACCCUUCGCCGAUCGCAGACAACAGCACCGGCGAUGUCGCCGCUGACUCCUACCACAAUGUCGACAGGGACGUGGAGAUGAUGCGGGAGUUAGGCCUCGACGCCUAUCGCACCUCCCUGUCCUGGUCACGGAUCCUGCCCACAGGAUUCGCCGACCACAUCAACGAGGCUGGAGUCAACUACUACAACCGACUUUUCGAUGAGAUGCUCAAGUAUAACAUCCAACCCGUGAUAACCCUCUUCCACUGGGACUUACCGCAGCCACUUCAAGACCUGGGCGGGUUGGCCAACCCCCUCUUUCCCGAGUGGUUCGAAGAUUACUCCCGAGUUGCCUACGAGGCGUUCGGGGAUAGAGUAAAGUUUUGGGUCACGUUCAACGAGCCAACCCAGAUUUGCCUCCUCGGUUAUGGCGACACUUCCAUGGCACCAGAGCUAGGGGCUGGUGGAAUUGGCGAGUACAUGUGCGCUAAGAAUCUGCUUCUGGCUCACGCUAAAGCCUAUCAUUUGUACGAUAGUGAGUACAGGAGUACUCAAGCCGGGCAAGUGGGCUUGGCGAUACAUAUCACCUACAAUCAACCCUUGACUGAUAGUGAAGAAGAUAGAAUUGCCAGUGAAUUGUAUAACCAGGCUACGAUCGGUAUUUACAGUGAUCCUAUAUUCGCCGCCGAACCCGGCUGGCCCGAAGAGCUGAAACAAAAGAUCGCUGAAAAAAGCGCAGCCCAAGGUUUCCCAAGGUCAAGGUUACCGGAACUGACAGAUGAAGAGGCGAAGCUCAUCCAUGGGUCCUCGGACUACUAUGGAAUUAACCACUACACCACUCUGAAGGUUGCUUCCGCAGUGAAUGUGAGUGGGAGGAGAGUGCCAUCGCUGAUGGAUGAUAUUGAUGCUGAGGCUAUUCGGAACGGUACUGGAGAAAAUUGGAUGCAGGCUGCUUCUUAUUGGCUAUUCCUCCAUCCAGAAAGCAUGUCCAAGGUGUUCGAAAUGUUACAAGAGAGGUACAAGGACCAAGUCUACUACAUAAUGGAGAGUGGCUGGUCGACUGCCGGCGGGUUGGUGGAUGACGACCGAGUGACAUAUUACAGGACUGUUCUGAACAGUAUGUUGGAUGCUAUGGAGGCGGGGGCUCGCGUCAAGGGCUACAUGGCUUGGAGCCUGAUGGAUAAUUUUGAGUGGAAACGGGGAUACACAGAGAAGUUUGGUUUCUACGAAGUGGACCUGGAGAACCCAGCUCGCACCAGAACUCCAAGGAAGUCGGCAUUUGUUUACAAACACAUCGUAAAGACAAGAACCAUUGAUCCUGAUUAUGAGCCCGAAGAAUUUGUCAUGUCGAUUGAUGAAGGACAUUAAAUUUUCAUUGAUACUGGA